AAUGCAAAUACGGUAGAAAUUGUGCUACUAAUGCAUAUGACGGAACAAACACGUCUUGUAAAAAGUAAAUACGUUUAUUUCGUUAUCUUUUGGAAAUUGUUGAAAUAAAAGGCAACCGUUUUAGCCAUCUAGCUAGCAAUGGCAAUACUUUUUGCAUAUUUCUUACUGAGAUGAAGGUUCUAAAACAUGUUAUUGGGUUUAAAAAUAAUCAAUACUGAUACAGUCAGUGCCUUAGACCACUGCCCCACUCGAGAGUUUAAGACAAGGGUUUAGCUAUCUUGGAAUUAACAUUUCCAAGAACUUUCAAGAAUUGAAUUUCUUCGUAACUUUUUGCUUAAGGAGAAACAUAAGAAACGGCGCAAGGACAUUUCCAAGAACGUUUUUGAGGAAUAGCAACUUUGCUUAACUUGAAAUAGUUAAGGAAAAAUGGCAGUUAAGACAUUUCUUCUUAAGAAGGUUGUGAAUCUGGGCCCAGUUGCUUUUGUAGUGCUUAUUUUCCCACCACCACUGCAGAGGCUGUCUUUAACACAAUGGAUAUGUACCUGGGCCCAGAUUCACACAACCUUUCGAAUGAAGAUGGGAAGCGUCACAUUACCAAGCAAUGAAGAGGAUCAGCUGGUGGAGCUGUCAUUUGAUUGCGGACUGCGCAUGUGCGGCAGGAACCCUAAUGGUUAGAACGGAAAGGUUGCUGGAUCGAAUCCCCAAACGGACAAGGUAAAACUCUGUCGUUCUGCCCUUGAGCAAGGCAGUUAACCCACUGUUCCCGGGCGCUGAAGACGUGGAUGUUGAUUAAGGCAGCCGCCUGCACCUCUGAUUCAGAGGUGUUGGGUUAAAUGCAGAAGACACAUUUCAGUUGUACAACUAACUAGGUAUAAGCGUAGGGGUUGGUAAUGUUCUCUAGUUGCGCCGUGAUUGGCUCAGUGUUCUGUCACUCAUGGGGACACUACGUCACCGCAAACUCUAUGGGUAGAGCUCGAAAAUUCAAGCCCCUUGAGUGCUGCCAUAGAGUUACAUUAGAAGUGCCCAUCCAAGAAGGCUCAAGGUCAUUGGCCACAGAUAAAAUGACAUCAAAUCACGUUAUAUCUACAGUAGCUUUGAUUGGACUGAUUGGACUAAAAAUCUUAGCUAGCAGUCAUCGUCAUGAAUCAAGUCGACAAUCUACUGGCAAAUCCUUUUCAAUCCUUGUCAUAUGAAGGUAAAUAAUUAAGAGAAAUUAUAGAUUAAAAUGUAUCUGUGCUCAUCGGCCAUAAACAUUACCCAACAAGUUGGAAAUCGCAAAUUCAACAAUAAGUGAAUUGGACGGAAUAAGUGGCUAACUGCAAGCAUUGCAAAAUAAUCACUAGCAUGCUAUUCAGUGGAGUGGAUGUGUGGUCCAAGUCUUGGUUUAAUGGUCUCUUUUACAAGUUUAAAAGGAUAAACAUUCAACAUUGGCCAUGCUGUCAAUCCAGCAUGACUUCUGCCGGGCUAAAAAACACGUUUUGAAUGGUCAUCCAACUCAGAAUUGCAGGUCGGGAACUCAGACCUCUUACUAGGGCUGCAUUCCAAACACUUAAAAGACGCACCCUCUCCCCUCAGCCCUCAAAUUAAGUGGACACUCUCCCCUCAGCCCUCAAAUUAAGUGGACACUUCUGAUGAUGUAUCAUGACGGCUGACGAGUUGACACUUGCAAGGCGAGGGAAGAAAGAAUUACAUUUAAAUGAACCGCUCUUGCCCCAUGGUUGUGUUUUCAGUCAUCAUGGAACCACUGGUAGCUGUUGCGUGUGCAUUAUAUGAGCUACAGUCAAUUAUGAUUGCAUUUCAUAUCUUGGCUAGAAGACAAUGAAUGCAUCCGCAAACAUCGAAUGUCAGCCAUCCGACUAUAUCAGGAACAUUGAAAAUUACAAUUUAUAAAUGUGAUGUCAGGGAAAGUUGUAUGCGCAAGCUAAUGUUUCCAAAAGCUAACCAAACAAAAACAUAAUUACUUUUAUGAUACUUUGUUUGAGCCUUCAUGUGCAUUAGUAACACAAUAUAUAACGUAUUUACAAUUGUUUUUACUUACACUUGUAUGUUGACUUCUCCAUAUUAAUAUUCUCAUUAAUCAUCGCAAAUUGAAUUAUGGGCGUUUCAGGCCCCCGAGUGAACAUAAUUGUACACUCGCAAACACAAUCAAAAACGAGGGCUGAGGCACUUAUAGGAUACCAACUUCCCAUGCUUUUCUAAUCAUUUGGAACAAUGACAAAGAUUGCUGCGGGGAUUCCCCCAAGGGCAUAAGGCGAGGGUUCACGUUAAAACUACAGUAAACCAAGACCCACGGGAAACAAAGACUUAGGAUCAGGAAGUGGAAGCACUGUUUAAGAUUCCUCAAGAUGUAAACUAGUUGGAACAAUGUUGAAAGCCUACUAGGAGGAUGUGGCAGUGUUGGAUCGGCUCAGGGGUCCUCAGGAGGAGAUGGCGAGGCACUCUCAAUGAUGUACUCUCCAAAUCUAACAUCUCUAUUUUACAAAGAGAUGUGAAUCUCAGUAGACUCGCAAGCAGAGUCCUCAAUUAUAGGAAGAUGAGCUCAUGUCACAGACAGCUGAGGCUUCCAGGAGGACUAUGGAGGAGGUUGAAAUCCUCCUCCUAUUCAGCCAGUGGAUUUCAUUCAAGAUUUUUUUGCUCCAGUCUAGUCCAUAAUCAAACAGAUCCCAUUGAGAUCCACAAGAAGAAGUUGACCUUAUGGUUCAGCCACCUACCUCAGGAAGAGAAGCAGUUCGGGGGCUACUUCACCCCCGAGACCAUGCACGUGGAGCCGCUCAUCCUGGAGAGGAAGCCAGAAGAUAGGAAAGGGCCCUUAUUCACCCCUCUCCUCAAGCCAUCCCAGGUCCCCCAGAGUGCCUCGGUCACCAUGGAGCAGCUCUUUGAGCCCACUCAGCAAGGAGGCAGGGAGCGGGGCCUUAACGUGCUGCUGUACGGGGCGGUCGGGACAGGGAAGAGCACAGUGGUGCGGAAGCUGGUUCUAGACUGGUGUGCCGGGCUCACUUUGACCCAGUUCAAACUACUGGUGCCCUUCUCCUGCGAGGACCUCUCCCAGUUAUCCAAGUCCACAUCUCUGAGAGACCUCGUCAGCAGGAAAUACCUGCACCUGAAAAAGAUCCCCAUGCUGAGUGGAGAGAACGACCAGGCCAAGGAUGUGCUGUUUCUGUUUAACGGCAUGGAGAAGAUGAAACUGGACUUCCGUAUUAGCUCCACAGAGCUGUGCAGCAACCCAGACGAGGCCCUCCCCUCCGGGGCAGUGGUGGUGAACCUGCUCAGGAAGUACCUGCUGCCUGAGGCCAGUAUUUUGGUCACCACAAGGUUGUCUGCCCUUGACCACAUCCCUACAAAGUAUGUGAAACGCUACGCACAGAUAUAUGGCUUUAAUGACCCAGAUCGCCAGCGAGCAUACUUCACAAGCCGACUGCUGCAACAGAUUGGAGAGAAGCCGAGAAACCAGGAGGCCCAGUCCCUCAUCGAGCUGCUUUACCUCAACCUACAGAGGGAGAGCCAGUUAGCGGCCGCCUGCUUUUUACCUUCCUAUUGCUGGCUGACUUGUGCCAUACUCCACUUUUUACAUUUCACCGACGCCCAGGCACCCAUACGUACGCUAACUGGUAUCUAUACCAGCUUUCUGAGACUCAACUUUGGAGGGGAGGUGCUGAACAUGGGUGGGGCUGUAUCUUCUCCAGAUGACCAGAACUCAUUGAUGCUCUAUGUAGUCCGCACUGUGGGCAAACUGGCCUUUGACGGAGUCUCCAAAAAGCGCACUUCCUUCUCCGAGGAGGAACUGGAACAGUUUGUUGGGGGUAAGACCAAAACAGAUGAGGAACUGCGUCAGCUGGCCGUGUUCCGCACUGACGUCCUCGACUUCUUCCUGGUGCCCUGCGUCGAGACCAAAAGGUCAGAGCUUGAUGAAAAGGAGAAGCGCUACGUGUUUGCUAUUCCCGCCAUGCAAGAGUACCUGGCUGCCCUGUACGUCGUCCUCGGCGAGAACAAGACGGCUCUGGAGAAACUGAGCAAAGAGGUGACCGUGGUCAUCGGUCAAGUGGGCGAAGAUGUCAACACGCUCAUCAGCAUCAUCUCCAAGUUCAUCCCCCUCAGGGUCUUUGCUGUUUUCAACCUGCUCAAGCUCUUUCCCAGCCUGUUUGAAAAGAUCAGCAGCCGCAGCAAGGGCCGCAUCGCCCGCACCAUGGCGGCAGAGAUGUUCCGCAGCGAGGACAGCUUCAACGAGGACGUGCUGGACCAAGUGGAGCAGAGCCUGCUGGGGGUUCACGGCCCCCAGCCCCAGGAGCGCCUGGACAGCCGGGCCUUCGAGCUCUACCCCAUCUUCAUGGGCGGCCUGCUUCACUACGAGAACCGGGUUCUGCUGGAGCAGCUGGGCUGCAGCAUCAAGAGCACCACGGUGGCUCAGAUCACACGGACCCUCAAGAGGCACUUGGCGGCAGAGAUCGUGAAGUGGCAGCCCCCCGAGGAGCUCAUGGACCUGCUGGUGCUCCUCUACGAGUUCCAGAAUCCCCGGCUCACGGCAGAGGUCCUGCUCUCCAUCCGCAGCAUCAAGCUGUCCACCGUGCGUAUGACGCCCCUCAAAUGCUUUGUCCUGAGUUCUGUGCUGGCCUGCGCACCCACGAGGUACCACCUGGAGGAGCUGGACCUUUCUUCCUGUCACCUGACCAACGACCUGCUGACCAUGCUGUGGCCCGCCUUCCGCCACACACACAACCUCAAUCUCCAGUUUAAUAGCCUGGGUCCUGAGUCCUGCAUUCUCCUGCGAGAUCUACUACUUGACCCCAACAGUACUAUUAGAUCUCUACACCUGUGUGAUAAUCCGCUGUUAGAGUCCGGGGCUCGCUGUCUGCUGGACGCCCUGCUAGGGAACCAGUCUCUCAGACAGCUGUCCCUGAUGCACACGGGCAUGGGCGACAAGGGGGCCUGCGAGCUGGCCGAGAGGCUCAACCAUCACACGGGCCUGCAGGAGCUCAACGUGGCCUACAACAACAUCGGGGACAACGCUGCUCUGACCCUGGUGGAUGCCUGCAGAGAGCACCCCAGCAUCCACACUGUGCACUUGUACCUGAAUCCUCUCAGCAAUGUGGGGAAGCAGUCCUUGUACGUGCGAGGAGUCCCGCCGGAUCAGGGUGGCACGGGGCGGCGCGUGAAGGUGCUGGCCUCAGUCACCGAGGGCUCGAACAUCUCGGAGGACUGGCACCCCAUUCUGAGCGUCAUCAGUAAGAACGCCUUGUCCUGGGAGCGCGAACGCGUCAGGGAACAGCUGCAGAUCUUCCUCCGAGACCUGGAGUGGGGUAGGAAGCAGGCACCAAGCUUCUGGAAAAAGAUGCACUUCCGCAGGGUGGAGAAGGGCGUCAGGCAGACGCUGCAGAUGCUUCACAAGGACAUCCCGACGAGGACCGGUGGGAGUACCAAGUAAUGUUCAAGCCAUGUCUGCGUUUUUUAUUUUUAUCAUGAGCCAUUCAUGAGUAUGUUCCAGUCUUCCAACCAGAGCAUAAACCCAUGUAUCCAUCGCCUUGAAGAAAUGUAGCAAGUGAGAUGUGGGACAGUCAAAUCUAUGCAAAAUGAACAGAAUAAAAUAUAUGAAAUGGUAUGAAACUGAAAGUGUUCUUUUCAAGACUACGUAGGAAUGUGUUGCAUGAUUAGUUAUGCAGAAUUAUGCACAUAGCCAUAUUUGUUUUGGGCCUCCUUAUGUACCUGUGUGCAAAAUGUGUAGUAUCUUGUAUUUUCUCCCUGUUUUUUGCUUGAGGAUGUCUGCUUGUGUUUAAUAAAUAUAUUCAGGCAGGUUUAAAAGGAAA